GGUUCCAUCGGGGGAGCUGUCUGGGGGGAAGGGGCUGGGAAGCCGAGGCGCGCGGUGGCGAGCAGGAGGCGGAUCCAAGAGGACGGGCCCGAGCCGGGACCUCCGAGGAGGAGGACUGAGCCCGCGGGGCUCCCAGCGCCCGGCUAUGCGAGGUGGCUGAGUCGGCGGCGGGGGAGAGGAGGCUCGGGUGCCGUCAGAUCCCAAAGAACCGGGGUGCUGUCGUGUUUGGAGUCUGAGAUCCAGCACCCCCUCCUGCCUUGCCAACGUCCCCAAUGCGACCAUGGGAACUGGCAGUGAAUAGGCAGCCUCCUUCUGUCCCCUUUGACCCGCGACGAUUCUCAGGGGGAAGCUGUGACAGCCCAGCACACCUCAGGAGAAGCCCUUCUUCCCGGCACCACUGGGGCCGACGUGAGCAACCUCUGCAAACUCUCCUAGCCCAGGAUGAGAACUACUUGCACCCGGCUUUUUUCCAGCAGCCACACACCCCUGUAGAUGAGCACCCGGCGUACGCUCUGGCCAAUACGCCACCACGAAUGCUUCACCCGGCUGCACACCCACCCCACCAGCAUCCAUUCAUGGUGGAUCUCCAUGAGCAGGUGCAUCAGGGAGCCAUCCCUCUGUCCUACACGGUGACCACGGUAACCACGCAAGGCUUCCCCAUUCACACCGGCCAGCACAUCCCAGGUUGCAGUGCACAGCAGCUCCCAGCAUGCUCAGUGAUGUUCAGCGGACAGCACUACCCACUCUGCUGCCUCCCACCCCCCCUGAUCCAGGCCUGUGCCAUGCAGCAGCUCCCUGUCUCCUACCAAACGUUCCCGCCGCUCAUUUCCAGCGACCAUUACAUCCUGCACCCUCCACCGCCUGUGCCGCCACACCAGCCUCCACACAUGGCUCCCCUCAGCCAGUUUGUCCCACUCCAACCCCAGCACCCUCGCAUGCCACUGCAAAGGAUAGACAAUGAGGUGGAGCUCCGGGGUGAACAGCACUCUAUCGGAGGCUUCUCCUAUUCUCCUUCCCACCAUACUCCUGCACUGUCUCCCUCCAUGCCACUACAUUACCUUCCACACACCCAUGACCCACUGCACCAGGAACUGCCCUUUGGCGUGCCAUAUCCACACAUGAUGCCCCGGCGACUGAACACCCAGCGAUACAGAUUGCAGCAGCCACUGCCGCCUCCACCCCCACCGCCGCCUCCAUACUACCCAAGCUUCCUGCCAUACUUCCUAUCAAUGCUUCCUGUGUCACCGACAGCUGUGGGGCCUACAAUAAGUUUGGACUUGGAUGUGGAUGAUGUGGAGAUGGAAAACUAUGAGGCAUUACUGAACCUGGCCGAGAGGCUAGGAGAGGCCAAACCCCGGGGACUCACCAAAGCAGACAUCGAACACCUUCCGUCCUACCGCUUCAACCCAGAAAGCCAUCAGUCGGAGCAAACCUUGUGUGUUGUGUGCUUCAGCGACUUCGAAGUCAGGCAGCUGCUGCGAGUUCUGCCCUGCAACCAUGAGUUCCACGCUAAGUGCAUCGACAAAUGGUUAAAGGCAAACCGCACAUGCCCAAUCUGCCGGGCAGAUGCCUCAGAAGUACACCGGGAGGCUGAGUGAGGCUCGUCAACGCACUGCUGCACAAAUUCACUCCAGGAUACGGACCUUGGCCCAGGGGCUCUGCCCAGCCUGUAUGCUUAAGCCUCUGGGGACUCUCCUGGGAUGUGGUGAGAAUAUAAGCAAUGUAUGACACACCCCUACCCUUACCCCUCCGUGGCAUGGACUGGGCCUGGUGGCAGAGCCAGCUCCGCAGUGUCACGCUUCGCUAGGGGGAGGCCUCCCCAUGUGCUCCGCACUCCAAAGAGACUCCAUCCUUGCGCCAAUUUACUCUCCAGGUGUUCUUGCAUUCCUUUCGUUUUGGUUCUCCUUUGUUUUGGUUUUUGUGGCUGUCUGACCCAGGUAUUUCUAGUCCAAACUUCCCCCCCCCCAACCUACUUCUGGCGCCACCAGAUCGGGGCCUUCAAAAGCAGAGCAGCUCAAAGAUGGUGAUGGGGAGAUGGGGGAGGAAGUCCCUGCUUCAAUCCCACCCCCCAACCACUUGCCCCCAAAGCACAGUGUUGUCGUGUGGCAGGCAGUGGAAGUGGUUGGUUGCAGCACUGAUGAGGGGCGGCCCAAAGCCUUCCCGGAACCAUUUGGGGUUGCCCACACACAAAUCAUGGCCCAGGGCUGCCUCUUCUGGCUUUUCCUUACACACACACAAACCAUCUUGCCCUUCCUACAUGCUGGAGAUGCUGGGCGGCAUUCAGGGCUCCGUAGCAGGGUGGUGGUGAGGCGAAACAGGCCUGCACAAGGCCCAGCAAUAUCCCAUCCCACUCCGCUCCCCUUCUCAUUGUAGAGGGGCGUGUGGAGACCCAUUUCCCCCUCAAAAGACGCGGAGGAAAGUGUGAGUUGAGUGAGUGAGAAUCCUCGUGGUGAAGCAGCUGGCUCUGCUUCAUGCGUUUGUAAGGUGGAGGCUCUCUUUGCGAGGCCUGUCUUCAGAAUCAUGUUCUCUAGCUAGAGCUGACAAUUACUUCUCUCCCCUUCUGCACCUCAGUAGUUUUCCUUGUGGUCCCCUUUCUUUCUCAGCACCCAUCUCCAUGAAAUCCACCCCCCUUCCAAAAAAUAAUAAUAAUAGAUCAGGUUCGUGCCACUGUUUCCUCAAUAUCUCAGGGGAGGGCACGCAUGUUUCUCUGCCUCCCUCUCUCCCUGUUUUCCUUCUGCAGGGAAGAGGGAGAUGCUCAGCCGACUGAAGCAGGAGCCUUUAGUCCCACUUGUAAAUCCUGCCCGCUCUUCUGUGCUGACCCCAGGCUAAGCCCCUGAAAGCUGCCAGGGCCUCUGCGAAGCUCUCUGCAGUAGGAUCCUGGGCAGUGAGCAGAUGGGGAAUUAUUUAUUAAUCUUGUUGUUGUCUACCCUUGCACUAGCUAUCAUGGAGAAAAGCCCAUCUGGCGAAAACCGCUCCUCCCUCCAAGAUGCACUGCUGCAUCAGCUUUCUUUCCUUUCUGCAUAGGACCAGGCAGACGUUUCCAUUCCCUUUUCCACUCGCUUGACCAUUUCCCUCUCCUCCUCCUCCUCCCCCCUCCUUCCGGGGGCCCCAUGUGAAGUUUGGCCCUCCUACUGCCACCCCCAACAGAGUGUUGUUUUUCCCCCCUGCAUGGCCUGAUGCUUGUGCUCUGGGUCAGGCACCGUGGGGUGGGCUGUUUUGCCAUGACGAGCAUACAUGCGAGUUGUGUGCCUUGCUGUCUCUCUGUGCACGUGCGUGCGUGUGGUGCGUGCGUGCACACACACACUAAUCCUACCUAAAAACAAAAACACAAAAAAACACCUGCUGGUUUGAAGCAAGAAAGCAACCGACCUGCCACCCUGUUACAGAAACCUGUGAUCGUUUAAAAAAAUAUAUAUUAAAAAAUAAAAUAAAAGUUGUUUUGCAUGAUUAUACCAUGGAGCCGAGAGAGAGAGUGAAGCCCUCGCCAUGUAGUUGGUUUGUGUUCGGAAGCCUGGCAAGAAGGACUCGGAGAGGACGAUGAAACCUAAUGUAAAUGUUCACAAAUUAUGCAUGCAUGUUAUGACCAGCUUGGAACUUGGUAUUGGCUAACUCUCUAGCCAGCUGUGGGGGUGAUGGGGUGGGGGGGGGGUUAAAGAGGGAGUUCUUUGUGCUCAGCUGAUUACUGCCAUGCACUGUACUGCACAUGUCCGCAACGCCUCACAAGGACCGUCAACGCUUUUCAGGGCAUUUCUCCCUCCCCUUCCCCCCCCCCCACCCCUCCAGAUUAGAGAUGGGUUUGAAACCUGGUUGGGCCAGGAGGAGGCAGCUGUGGGAGGGGGGGGCACAUACAGGACUUAACCUCGAGGUAGGCUUGCAAGGGUCAGUGUUGGCAGGCGGUGGGGGAAGCGGUUAGUAGCGGCUGCAGAGGUGGGUGAAGUUGCACCCGCUGACAUGCUCUGCCAUAGCCCCCUUUCCUCUCUGCAUCCCUUCCUGGCACAGGUACCUUGUCCCUGUUAUCAGCUAGUGGGAUGUGUCUGGCAGUGUGGCUCCCAGUCAGAAUUCAACUUCCUCCACCGUCCACAAGGUGGAGCUCUCUCUCUCCCCCCCCCCUGCAUAUUCUCCAUCUUCUCCCCAGCUGGGUUCAUUGAUUCCUGCUGCCUUUUAUUGCCAGCCAAGGUCUGGCUUGUACCCAACCCCCUUUUGGAAUUGAUGGCAGCAGAUGAGAGCGCGCCAUGCUUUUCCUGCUCAUCCAGCAUCCCUGGGCCUUCAUCCAUAAACUGGAGCCUCUUCCCACAAUACUACCCCCCCC